UUACGUUGUUCUUUCGUCGUUCACCGCGAAGGAGUGUGAGGUUGGUCUCCGCCAUCGGCCGUUUACCGAUUGGUGUAUUCGGUUGUCUAGGCGACUGGACCCCUUCACUAAUUGGUCGAAUAGGCUGUCUGUCAAGGGAAGCACACUGCGAGAUGUCAACAUCAGAAUUCCCAGAUUCCUCAAGAGAAUUGGCCACUGAGGCAUUAUCCUCAGGAAUAUCACCACCCUCGGGACAGCUCGGAAAUUCAGAGCUGAAAAAUUCCCCGAAUGAGCUGAAUCAUAUUGAAUCUCCGGGUAUGCCUGGAGCGUUGACAUCUCCAGUUCAGACUGUGACGGAGACCCUCUCACAAUCUUCAGGACUACUAGAGCCUUUGCCAACAGCCAAUCAAGAAGCUAUUCAUUUCCUGGCUUCGCUCGUGCCCGAGGAAUUCAACAAUAUUUACUUCACAGACUCCCUGAAGACGGUUUCUGAUGCAGGGAAAGAGAUUGGUGAAUUUACUGUCACCAUACAACCUAUCCUGUAUCAUAGUUUCCCAUGUCUUAAUAUUCAUGCCAACAGCCAUGGAACCAUUGACUCUAUCCCAUGUGGAACAUCCAUCUCAGCUUACGUCUCUCUUGAGCUUGAAACAUUGGAACAAUAUCACCAGGAGUAUAUCAAGCUGAAGGAUCAACCACUGUCGAAGAAGACGGAUAUAAAAAGAGGACCACGUGGUUAUGUUGUGACGAGGGAAGUCACAUCCAAACAGAUUGUGACAACCGAGACCUUGACCUUCAAACCAGAAGAAAUGCACGGAUUUGUGUCAGAGGCCAGUAAUCUGGCUCUUUUACGGAUCCUGGCCCAAAGAAACAAAUUCUCCGACAACAUGGUCUUUCUCUCUUUUGACAGUGACAUGAAGCUUUCUACUUCUACUUAUAUGAAUCUCGGACACAGAACAAUGAAGAUCGGGAAAGAGGAAAGGCAAGUUCUUGGCAUCCAAAGGACAAUUCACUCAGAGACAAGCGGCCCCAUGAACUGGCAGUCCAACUUCCUGUCAUCUGGGCAUUUAACAAGCAGAGUGCAAGUGGGCUCCCCAGCUACAAUGGUGCUGACCCAGUUACCUCACCUGAGAGAAGCAGAUGAAGAGGAACCUAAACCAGUCUUUGAGAAGAAGCCCUUGAUUUGGGAAGAAGACCUGCAGCUGUAUUCUAAAUUUAUUGACAGAACGGAGGCACUCAAGGCUGACUACAAUAGCUACCUAAGGCACCACCCAGAGUUGAGAUCCUUGCUGGCUGACUUCCUAGAGUUUCUCCUCCUCCGGAAACCAGAAGACGUCGUUACAUUUGCUGCAGAAUAUUUUGCCCCUUUCUCCACCUUACACACAGAACAAAACACCUUCCUGACCUCAAACAAGUCAAGCCCCUUCAAAGAACAGGGAGAUUCAAAAUGAAACGUUUGUUGAUAUACAAAUCGCUUUGCAGCCACUGACAUUUAUGUAGCACCUCAACACAUUAAAGUCGUCCAAAGUGCUUUUUACUUCACGUGCAAUUUGGCAGAAUGCCACAUGAUAUCCAAAA